UGAACAUACGUAUCCCAUCACCCACCCGGAGGCUCUCCGUCUCAUCGAACAGACGUCAUCUUCUUCCCCUUUUGUCUUCUUCUUCUCUUCCGAGGCUGGUCUCAGGCUUGCUUGUCACCGCGAUAUGGCCCCUGUCAGAGCCUCACCCACUUCGUCUUCUAAUACCUACGGCCUCCCCUUGGCCUAGACGUAGGUUACGAGGUUUACGAAGUGUGAUGAGAGCUUCACUUUGCCCUUUAAAUGUUCUACUUCCCAUCUCACCUGCAGAUUAUUAAUAUUAUUAUUAAUAUUAUUAAGUCUUUCGAGCAGAGGAUCACCGGCCUUCCAUCGGCCUCCCUCUUCUAUUGCAGUUGCAUCUACUUACUAUAAUACCCUGCCUUACUCUUACCUACAGCUCAAACCACCAUGGAUCCUAUCCGUCUUCCUACCAUUACCCUCGAUACGACCCUGUCAGACCUUUACCGCCAGGCAUGUCCCAAAAUUGCUCAUAGGCAGGUCUCCCAGGUGCUAUGCGGUGCAAACUCGGCCCUCGAGUUCUCCUCCCACUUCCCCCGGAACAGCAAGUAUCUUUAUCAAGAUAGCAGCUUCAAUACGGUCGGUGAUGAUGCCCCUACUACGCCCCACGCCAGCGCCCUGCUUCAGCACGACCUCGCCAUGAAGCACCUGUCGCUCGUCCCCCAGCGAGAUGCCUUCAUCAGCGGCAACACCUCCGUCGUUCUCUUCCAUCUUAACGACACCCCGACCCAGGGCUCCCACGACCGUGCCCAAGCGGCUGCCACCAUGGACGUCCUCGCCGCCGACCAGCGUCCGCGCCUCGUCUUCUGCCAAGGCCCCUACCACAUCCCGGCCCGGGAGGCCGGCAUCGAUCUCAUCGCCUACAAGCUGGUCCUCGACGGGCUCGAAUCAGGCGACCACGACCUCCUCGUCGACACCGACACCCAGUGGCGUCUGAACAGCAAAGAGGCCCUCGCCACCUCCGGCCUGCCCACGCCGCGCUGCGAAGUCCUCGCCGUCGAAGGCCACGCCGAGGACGCCCGCCUCUGCUGCGGCCGGUGCCGGUGCCGCUCGCUCGCCGAUACCAACUCCGACAACAACAACCCCUGGGUGACGUCGUUUGUGAUUCCCGAAGACUGCCAGGGCUCCCGGGGCAUCUGGUUCCGGAAGCAGAGCAACCGCAUCUACGACGCCCUGUCGAGCCGGCCCCUCCCCUUCGUCCUGAAGAACCAGCAGACCUUCGGCGGGGCGGGGACCUACCUCGUCCGCACCGAGGAGGAGCGCACGCGCCUGCUCGCCGAUCUCCGCAGCGGGAUUCUUCGUCGCCUGCUCUCGUGCGUGACGGCCGAGAACGCCUACCUCCGCCCCGCGUCGCUUUUGCUCUCCGACCUCGUCGCCGACCCUAUCGGGGACUACGGCGUGACCUUCUUCGUCACGGACGGGGAGGACGGGGAUCCCAUCUUCCUGGCGGCGUCGGAGCAGAUGAUUGAGAACGGCAAGGCGUGGGUGGGGAGUACGAUCGAUUACACGAAGCAGGACAAGCUCAGGGCCAAGUUUGGGAAGUUGGUUGAUCGGGUCGCGAAGUGGCUUCGGUCGCAGGGGUAUGUUGGUCCUGCUGGCGCGGACGUCCUGGAGACGAGGCCCGGACACGCGCCGAGGGGAUAUGCGAAUGGGCAGACCAAUGGACAGACCAAUGGGCAUACGAAUGGACGCAUGAAUGGACAUACGAAUGGUACCGCCGCCGUACAUGGCGAAGCUCCGGCAAAUGGACAUACGGACGGGGCUACUCCAGAUGGCGACGAUCUGACCAACGGUUUCACAAACGGAAUCCAAAAGCCCUCGAAUGGUACUGCCGACACCAAGGACGACGGGGACUCAGACCAGGACCUCUCGUGUUUCCACAUUGUCGACCUCAACGUCAGGACCUCCGGAUCCCUCGCGCUGCCGCUGUUGCGAACCCACUUCACCUCUCGGGGUCUGAACAACGCGUCGUCGUUCACCAUCAGCGUGCGCCGGAAACGGGAGGACUUUUUGCGUAUGUUCCGCGAGGAGUUUGAGUCGGGGAGGAUGUGCAUCAUCAGCUGGUACGAGGAUCCCGACUCGGAUAUUAGUCUCGGGGAUGUUGCUGUCGGCGGUGAGGACGGGGAGGGGCUGGCCAGGGCGGUGCAGCGGGUCAGGGAUGCUACGGAUGGGAUUACCUUUUAGACGGGGUUAGAGCGGGGGUUCAAUGGCGUGCGAGUUGGGUGUUCAUUGCGAGGGGUGGGUUUACGGUCCUAGGUUAUGGCGUAUUUGUCGGGGUACUAUGUAAGGUAGACAAAGCCCUCUCUUCCGUCUCCCCUUUUGUUCAAUUUUUUUUUGUCCUUUUACCUCUUUAUUACUGUUUGUCUUUCGAUAGCACAUCAUGACGAAUCCGACGCGAUCAUAUCCGCAGGUUGC